AUGCCUGAGGCAAAGAAGCUUGUCCGCGUCACCGUGGUUCUCUACCGAAACCCCGCUUUAACGGAAGACGAGUUUCACCGGUAUUGGUCCGAAGUGCAUGGUCCGUUGGUUCGAGGGUGGUUGGCGAGACAUGGGAUCGUCAAGUACACACAGAACCAUACACCCUCCAAAUUGAGACAAAUUAUGAGCCAGAUGAAUUGGCAGAACGAUGCAGUCAACUUUGACGAUGCCGACGGGACUGGCGAGGUGUGGAUGGAAAGCUUAGAAUCCUUCGGUGCGGCCACAAAGGAUCCUUACUACAUUGAGAAAGUCGUCCCCGAUGAGAAAUAUUUGCUUGACGUGAGUCGCAUCCGGAUGAGCAUCGGCUAUGAGGAGCAUCAUGUCGAGGAGGGAAUGGUUCGGGAGUCAUGA